GAAGGAUCACCGCCGGGGAACAAUAGUAGAAAGGAGCCACCAGCAUCCGCAGCCGGCACAUCGGGACCUAAGGUGGACGAGGAUGGAAACAAGCACAACCCAAAGGUAGACGCACCGACACCAGGUGAGACAGAGAGAAAAGUAGUUGACAGCAAGACUGCUGAAACUCUACUUGGUACUGCAGUCAUAACAACUGAGAUCACCACCACAACCUAUGAUCCCACUGGUGGAGUUGGUAUGGAUACUAUUAAUAAGUUACUGCAGGAGCAAGAGAAGAAGGAGAAAAGAACUGAAGAAGCAAGCAAUGAGCCGACAAUGAGUGCAGUGGUACCUGACACUAAAAGCACAGAUAGCGCUGGUGAUUCUUCCAAAACGAAGGCUGCAGAUGGGGAAAGUAGAAAUACUGAAAACACAAAAGUUGAGGAUCAUCAACCAGGAAGUACCGGUGUUCAGGAUGCCGUCGUUGAUGGCGGCAACGAUGACCCCCCUCCUCCCAAUCCACCCAAACCAAAACCCAACCCGAACCCAAAUCAAUCGGGUUCCGACGGCGGCCCCACCAGCGGCGAAGCGUCCACAGCAGGUACUGAACACGGUGGCGGCGGAGGUCCAGGAGCACCAGGAGGAGGUGGGGGAGGGGGAGGAAGUGGAAGUUCCUCAUCCUCUGCUUCAGAACCAUCCGGUUCAGGUUCUACUGGUGAACACACCCCAGGUUCUUCAGGACCUGGCUCCACGGGCACUUCGCAACCAGGUACCUCAGGUACUGGCUCCAGUGGGGGUCAACAGGGAGCUGGUUCCAGCACUUCCGGGGGACAGGGUUCAAUGAGUAAUGAUCAAACUCUUCCUAGCCUCCCUCCGUCGAAACCCUUUGACCCCCAGGAUCUCGUCCCAUAUGUACCCGCGAUCAUUCCCGCGGUGGUUGGUAUUGGGAUCAUUGCAUUCUUCCUGUGGAAGUAUUUUGCGUACCUCGCCAAACGACGACGAACAUAUCGAACCGUUCGUGACGUGCCGUCACCGCCACUCGACGAAGACAUUCUAGACCAUCUACAACGCGGCGAACUGCCGCCACCCGCUUACGGGUACACGAUGGUUACGCAACCUGCGUCUGCUGCUGAACGCCGCGGACAACGCCCACCACGCGUGCAUAAGCGCACGAUCAUCGAGCUACAUCUAGAAGUGCUCAACGAAUGUGAAGCGGCAGAUUGGGCAACGGUGCAAGACGAUUUUUACGGGAUUAUCGUGGAGGUGUUUGCGCGUGACUUGCAGCCGGACACGGACACGAAUAACAAUAUCUUGGGUGUUUCUACCACAAAGCAGGGUUUAUCAGGGACCCAUGUUUCUUCCACUGACUCGGCAGGAAUAGAUUCAUGUCCACCUAACGAAGAUGACCCAUGGAGUUGUAUGGAAACCAUACAGUUAGCAACGGGCCCUUGUCCACCACAUGACCCAGAUCUAUGGAGCUGCAUGGAAACAAUACACUUAGCAACGGUCCCAUGUCCACCUAACGAAGAUGACCGAUGGAAUUGUAUGCAAUCCAUACAGUUAGACCAUGAACAAACUCGCCCUUCCGACCACGGUGACGCGACGUCGGCGUGCACCCAAUGGAUUACCUGGAUUGACCGCAACAAACAUAUUGUGCGGGCGUGCACGACGGAGCCGUGGUUUUUGCAAUUAAAAGCGGAUUGGAAACAAUACCUGCGUGAGCACAUGGCGCAACACGCACACAACAGAGUAUCUGGGCACAUUGUCUUCGGUGAAGCGGCAACCCUACAGAUGCGCAAACUGCGAUUGUGGAAACCAUGGGUUGCAAAACAACAUGCGCUUAUGAAUAUAUAUGGUGCGCAGGAGUGGUUUCAGCAUUUGUUAGAGAAUAUCGAAGAGCAAAUACCAGCAACAGGCGAAGUACCUCGAGUAGAAAAACACUUAGAAGUGGAAAAAGUCAUGGGAACAGAACAUAUACUGAUAGUGAGAGAUGUACCACGCACGCAACUGCAUCCGCAAACUUACAUGCAACAACCGUUAACCGCUCAAACAUGGAUACUGAUCCUGGCAUUAGUCAUAGAACAGUGCGAGGUCGAAUGUCGUUUGCACGAUAGGGAGUUAUAUGUGGAUGAACUAUUGGAGCAACUGUGA